AUGCCAUUUAUUAUAGUAGAAAAGUCUCACUUUGAAAAGCUAAAAGUAUUUAAAAUAGUGUUUCUCCUUAUCGUAUCAAUUGGUCUACUGAUACUAGUUUUCUUUAGUGACAUUCCAUCUCAAAUGUGUACCGAUACCGACAAGUAUUUGUUUUCUCCCAUUCGAGUUGAUUACACUGUUUGCUUGAGAAACAUCGAAGCCGUCGUCAUUAAAUUUAAGUCAUUUGAUGCAAAUGACAGAUGUGUACUAGAUAAAAACCAGAUCGGUACCAUCAUGUUAUUUACAUUUGUGAAUAUGCAGUUCUUUCCGGAAAAAGUUACAUCUUUCAAAGGCGUUAUAAUAUUGAUAGGAUAUGUCACACGUUUUAAGCUGACGGGUGUCCAUGUAGCAGACACAUGA